CUCGAAGUUCAGAUACAACCGCCCUCAAGUCGUCAAUCAUCUUGCCGGUCAACAAAGCGAACAGAUAGCCCCAAUCGACCCUUGAACCGGGGACUCAUCUAGGUGGCGCGCUGUGAUGUCUCCUCCGGCGACCUCUCUCGAUUCUGAGCGACACGACGUCCCUCUGUGGCAAAUUUUCGACCACACAAUCCGUGUCAACUUCGACAGAAUCCCUCCUCCUUCGGCGGACCCGGUUCUGCGCAAUGGGCAUAUCUUCCAGGACACAGAACGCCACGCGAUCGCGGGCGCUAUUGAGAAUAUGACACGUAAACGGGAGGCCUUGCAGAAAGAGCUUCAGGCGCAGGGAGCGCCGACGGAGCGACUACAGCACGCAAUCGACACACUGGACAACGCGCUGGAUUCGUACGCUGCGUAUGUAACGCCUGUCCGGCGCCUGCCGGUAGAACUGCUAGCGGAGAUCAUGGACCUCGCGUGUGCAGAAGAGAGCCACCUGACAACUGAGUUCUGUCAACCGCUAGCACUGAGCGCAGUGUGCAGAAGCUGGCGAGACACGAUGCUCUCUUGUCCGAAGGCAUGGACGCGGUGGUCCACGGAAAAUAUGAGCCCUUGGACUGAGCACGCUGAGGUCCAGGAUGUGGUCUUGCCACGUCUACGAAUAUUUCUCGAGCGCUCCGGCAGCCAUCCGCUCACCCAAAACAUUGGUUUCUACCCAUCCGACCCCUCUGAAGCACUGAAUCUACUUCUACGACCCCUUCUCGAUCACACCGAUCGCUGGCAGAACAUCAGCUUCACUCAGAUGCUUCAAAAUGAUCGGGGCUUAGACUUUAGCGCGUUGGAGGGCAAGCCGUUGCCGCUCCUGAAGUCUCUCUCGGGGCCCGCGCUUCCGCUAGAGCUGGCCGCCGCCAGCGGUGUCUUCCGUGGCUUCCCUACCCUGCAGCAUGUCGGACUGUACAACCGGAACGCCUCGAAGAUCGUGCCGCACUUGCCCUGGGCGCAGCUGCAGACGCUCUCAAUCGGGUCACAUUCCAUCAAAUAUCCUCUCGAAGUCUUGCGGAAGUGCUCGAACUUGCGGUCCUGGACAUACCGGUGCAUGGAUCUGGAUGACGAUGAAGCGCCUCCUGAUAUGACCAUGCUCCAUAUGCCGACCGUCCUCGAGAUCGAGAUAGACAUGGCUUUCGACAAGCGCGACAGCCUCCUCUGCUGUAUCACGGCUCCUUCGCUUCAGGUCUUGACCCUCCGCUGGUAUUGUCCCAAGAUCAACCAAACCGACCUGCAAGGGCCGCUUCCCAUGUUCAUGGAGCGCUCUUCCUGCCCCCUGCGAAAGUUGACGCUGGAUCAGUGGCCAUACUUAGCCUUUGCGGGCUUGGAUUCGGUGACGUUUCCGCACCUCGAGGAGCUCUGCUUGAUGGGCGCGCGUCUGCCAGUAACGAACGAGUUCAUGGACUUGCUGGCGGGUUGUGAUCAGUUUCCGCGGUUGGAGAAGCUGGAGGUGGGGGACAACAUAGAGGCAGACAAUGCCGCCUUCAUUGAGCUGGCGAAGGCGCGAAAGGCCGGCGGCCGCCCGCUUCAGGCGCUCAUAGUGAAGAUCACGGACAUGACGUGGAACGCGCAUCGAUUCGAAGAGGAAAAGUGGAGGGUUCAGAUGCAGGCUUUGGUACCGACUUUCUCUAUACGUGACCGGAUGAGGAACGCGCGGUGCUACUAGUCCUUGUGAUGUUUGGAAACUCUUGAUACCUUCCUGGUCGAAUACAACCUAGAAGUGCAGUAUAUUGCCACGCGCG